CAAAUUGCCGACAGAGGGCGAGUGCAUUGUUUCCGAGACCCGACGUCACAAACAACGAUCAGUCAGCGGAUGGAAGAGAGAAAUGUCGGCAUGUGUUAAGAACAAGUGAUAGUUAAUUUGUGCACCACGAGAGAGUAUACAAUAACUUGGGAACGGGAAAGCGCGUUGGAAAAGCGCAUCGCAGUUGUGGAAGCAAAAUUCGGGCCAAAUCGAGCAGAGAGGAGCGUAAAGCACUAGCAUAGACGGAAGACUCGAUUCGAAAAUUGUAUAAUUAUGGCUACGUUGAAUCCCCUGAAACCGGAUUAUAUUGUUGGUGGCAAGUAUCGGUUGCUCCGUAAAAUCGGCAGUGGUUCAUUUGGUGACAUUUUCCUUGGCAUCAACAUCUCCAAUGGAGAGGAAGUAGCUGUAAAAUUGGAGAGUGUUAGGGCAAGACAUCCACAGCUCUUAUACGAAAGCAAACUAUACAAGCUUUUACACGGUGGUAUAGGAAUCCCACAUAUCAGAUAUUAUGGCCAGGAGAAGGAUCACAAUGUGCUCGUCAUGGAUCUGCUGGGUCCAUCACUGGAGGACCUCUUCAACUUUUGCUCGCGUCGCUUCACCAUCAAAACAGUGCUCAUGCUUGCCGAUCAAAUGAUUGGUAGAGUUGAGUUCGUACACUGCAAAUCAUUCAUUCAUCGUGACAUCAAGCCCGAUAACUUCCUCAUGGGCAUCGGCCGCCACUGUAACAAAUUGUUCCUCAUAGAUUUUGGCCUCGCCAAGAAAUACAGAGACGUGAGGUCGAGAUUACACAUUAGCUAUCGCGAAGACAAAAACCUGACGGGAACAGCGAGAUACGCUUCGAUAAAUGCACAUCUUGGUAUUGAGCAGUCGCGUCGCGACGACAUGGAGAGUUUAGGCUACGUACUCAUGUACUUCAAUCGGGGUUGUCUGCCGUGGCAGGGCCUGAAGGCCGCCACAAAGAAACAGAAGUACGAGAAGAUCAGCGAGAAAAAGAUGUCGACGCCGGUUGAAGUCCUUUGCAAAGGUUUUCCAGCGGAAUUCGCAAUGUAUUUAAAUUAUUGUCGGGGCCUACGAUUCGAGGAGUCACCCGACUACAUGUACCUGCGCCAGUUGUUCCGCAUCCUGUUCCGCACCCUCAACCACCAAUACGAUUACACGUUCGAUUGGACACUGCUUAAGCAAAAAUCGGCUCCAGGUCAUCCUGCUCCUGGCUACGUACCCCAGGCAUCGCAGGCCAUCACCCAACAACCCGUCAGCAGAGACGUAGAUAGGAAAUUGAGUUCUGCUAAGGCCAACGCCCACUCUAAAGUACACGCCUCCUCCACCGAUGUUGCCAAACCUGUUAAGGGUCAUUAAAAGUUAAAAAAAAAAUAUAAAAAGAAAACUCAAUUUGCUUGACGAAAUUAAUCUUUGGUUAUUAUAUAUAUAUAUGAAAAAAAAGAUAUAUUUCAAUAAUAUUAUUGUCCCUUCAAAUCUACUAUGCAAAUGGAAAAACACCAUCUCUCCCUCAUUAUUGAAAAACUUUGUUU